CCGUCUUAAGGGAGUCACGAAAAGAGGCCUCGGGUCACAGGAAACAAGCAGCAGAGUCUUGGUCAUUGGAUCUGAGAAACUUCCCAGGGGACUACGUUCCAAGGGGGUCCCAACUCUGAAGCACCCAUCUCCUGCCAUGUUUCCCACAGGGCCUGGGGAAAAGAUGGUGGGGACCAAGGCCUGGGUGUUCUUCUUCCUGGUCCUGGAAGUCACCUCUGUGUCGGGGAGGCAGACGAUGCUCACCCAGUCCGUAAGAAGAGUCCAGCCUGGGAGGAGGACCUCCAGCAUCUUUGCCAAGCCUGUUGACUCUCUGGAAAGUCCUGGUGAGUGGACAACAUGGUUCAACAUCGACCACCCAGGGGGGCAGGGUGACUAUGAGCGGCUGGAUGCCAUUCAAUUCUACUAUGGGGACCGUGUGUGUGCUCGGCCCCUGCGGCUAGAGGCUCGGACCACCGACUGGAUGCCUGCGGGCAGCACUGGCCAGGUGGUCCAUGGCAGUCUCCGUGAGGGCUUCUGGUGCCUCAACAGGGAGCAGCGGCCUGGCCAGAACUGCUCCAAUUACACCGUGCGCUUCCUCUGCCCACCAGGGUCCCUGCGCCAAGACACAGAGCGCAUCUGGAGCCCAUGGUCUCGCUGGAGCAAGUGUUCUGCUGCUUGUGGUCACACUGGAGUCCAGACCCGAACACGCACCUGCUUGGCAGAGACUGUUUCACUCUGCAAUGAGGCCUCUGAGGAGGGCCGACUCUGCAUAGACCAGGCCUGUACAGCCUGUGACCUGACCUGCCCCAUGGGCCAGGUGAAUGCUGACUGUGAUGCCUGCAUGUGCCAGGACUUCAUGCUACACGGAGCUGUCUCCCUCCCUGGGGGUGCCCCAGCCUCAGGGGCCACUGUCUACCUGCUGACUAAGACGCCUAAGCCACUGGCCAAGACAGACAGCAAUGGGAGGUUCCGAAUCCCUGGCUUGUGCCCUGAUGGCAAAAGCAUUCUGAAGAUCACAAAGGCCAAGUUUGCCCCCAUCAUGCUCACGAUGCCCAGGACUAGCCUAAAAACAGCCACUGUCAAUGCAGAGUUCAUGAGGGCAGAGAUUCCAUACAUCGUGAUGAACCCAGAGACAAAAGCACGGAGAGCUGGGCAGAGUGUGUCCCUGUGCUGUAAGGCCACGGGGAAGCCCAGUCCAGACAAGUAUUUCUGGUACCACAAUGACACGCUCCUGGACCCCUCCCUCUACAAGCAUGAGAGUAAGCUGGUGCUAAGGAACCUGCAACAGGACCAGGCUGGCGAGUACUUCUGCAAGGCACAGAGUGACGCUGGGGCUAUGAAGUCGCAAGUGGCCCAGCUGACUGUCAUAGCCGCUCAUGAGACUCCUUGCAAUCCAACCCCUGAGAGCUACCUUAUCCGGCUGCCCCAUGAUUGCUUCCAGAAUGCCACCAACUCCUUCUACUAUGACGUGGGCCAUUGCCCUGUCAAGACCUGUGCAGGGCAGCAGGAUAAUGGGAUCAGGUGCCGGGAUGCUGUGGAGCACUGCUGUGGCAUCUCCAAAACUGAGGAGAGGGAGAUCCAAUGCAGCGGGUACACCCUGCCCACCAAGGUGGCCAUGGAGUGCAGCUGUCUGCGGUGUACGGAGACCCGGAGUAUUGUGCGUGGCCGCGUCAGUGCUGCUGACAAUGGGGAACCCAUGCGCUUUGGCCACGUGUACAUGGGGAACAACCGUGUGAGCAUGACUGGCUACAAAGGCACUUUCACCCUCCAUGUUCCCCAGGACACGGAGAGGUUGGUGCUCACAUUUGUGGACAGGAUGCAGAAGUUCGUCAACACCACUAAAGUGCUGCCCUUCAACAAGAAGGGGAGUGCGGUGUUCCAUGAGAUCAAGAUGCUUCGGAAGAAAGAGCCCAUCACCUUGGAGGCCAUGGACACCAACAUUAUCCCCCUAGGGGAGGUGGCUGGAGAAGACCCUAUGGCUGAGCUGGAGAUCCCAUCCAAGAGUUUCUACAGGCAGAAUGGGGAGCCCUACACAGGAAAAGUAAAGGCCAGUGUGACCUUCCUGGAUCCCCGGAAUAUUUCCACAGCCAUGGCUGCCCAGAGUGACCUGAACUUCAUCAAUGAUGAAGGAGACACCUUCCCCCUUCGGACAUAUGGUAUGUUCUCUGUGGACUUCACAGACGAGGCCACCUCAGAGUCACUUAAUGUUGGCAAGGUGAAGGUCCACCUUGACUCAACCCAGGUCAAGAUGCCAGAACAUGUGCCCACAAUGAAACUCUGGUCGCUCAACCCAGACACAGGGUUGUGGGAGGAGGAAGGUGACUUCAGUUUUGAAAGACAAAGGCGGGGCAAAAGGGAAGAGAGAACCUUCCUGGUGGGCAAUAUGGAGAUCCGUGAACGGAGGCUCUUUAAUCUGGAUGUCCCAGAAAGCAGGAGGUGCUUUAUCAAGGUUAGGGCCUACAGGAGUGAGAGGUUCCUGCCAAGUGAGCAGAUCCAGGGGGUUGUGGUCUCUGUGAUCAACCUGGAGCCCGGGACUGGCUUCUCAUCCAACCCCAGGGCCUGGGGCCGCUUUGACAGUGUCAUCACUGGGCCCAAUGGGGCCUGUCUGCCUGCGUUCUGUGAUGACCAGUCCCCUGAUGCCUAUUCCGCCUAUGUCUUGGCAAGCCUGGCUGGGGAAGAACUGGAAGCAGUACAGUCUUCUCCUAAAUUCAACCCAAAUGCAAUUGGUGUCCCUCAGCCCUAUCUCAAUAAGCUCAAAUACCGUCGGACAGAUCAUGAGGACCCACAGGUGAAGAAGACAGCUUUCCAGAUCAGCAUGGCCAAGCCAAGGCCCAAUUCAGCUGAGGAGGGCAAUGGGCCCAUCUAUGCCUUUGAGAACCUCCAGGCAUGUGAGGAGGCACCACCCAGUGCUGCCCACUUCCGGUUCUACCAGAUUGAGGGGGAUCGGUAUGACUACAACACUGUCCCCUUCAACGAGGAUGACCCUAUGAGCUGGACUGAAGACUACCUGGCAUGGUGGCCCAAGCCAAUGGAGUUCAGGGCCUGCUACAUCAAGGUGAAGAUCGUGGGGCCAGUGGAGGUGAACGUGCGAUCCCACAACAUGGGGGGCACCCACCGGCAGACAGUGGGGAAGCUGUAUGGAAUCCGGGAUGUGAAGAGCACACGAGACAGGGACCAGCCCAAUGUCUCAUCUGCCUGUUUAGAGUUCAAGUGCAGUGGGAUGCUCUAUGACCAGGACCGUGUGGACCGCACACUGGUGAAGGUCAUCCCUCAGGGCAGCUGCCAUCGAGCCAGUGUAAACUCCAUGCUUCACGAGUACCUGGUCAACCACCUACCACUAGCAGUCAACAAUGACACCAGUGAGUACACCAUGCUGGCACCCCUGGAUCCACUGGGCCACAACUAUGGCAUCUAUACUGUCACUGACCAGGACCCUCACACGGCCAAGGAGAUUGCACUUGGCCGGUGCUUUGAUGGCACAUCCGAUGGCUCCUCCAGAGUCAUGAAGAGCAACGUGGGAGUGGCCCUCACCUUCAACUGCAUAGAGAGGCAGGUGGGCCGCCAGAGUGCCUUCCAGUACCUCCAAAGCCCCCCUGCUCGGCCCCCUGCCACAAACACUGUCAGAGGAAGGGUGUCCUCACGGAGACAGCAACGGGCUAGUAGGCGUGGCCAGGGCCAGCGCCAGGCAGGGGCCUCUCUGAGGUUUCCUGGGGUUGCUCCGCAGCCUCUGAGCAACUAAAUCUCUUGGUACUUUUCUUCCCCCACCUCAUGCAACAGCCAUUGUGAGACUGAUGCAUAAACUGUCACUUGGUUAAUUUAAGCACAUCUGUUCUGGUGCAGUUUGCUUGUUUGUUUCUUCAUGCCUUUAUUUACUGUCUUUAUCCCAUGAUACUAAUAGGCACGUUGCC